AGCUGCUGAUGAUCCACCGUCGAUAGUACUAAAACCAACUCAAGGAACAUUUUGUAAUGAUUAUAAUCUUUCAAAAGAUAUGCACAUAGGAAUAGUUAACUCAAUAGGUCAUUUGUAUGAGUUUGAUCACCGAGGCAUAACAAAGUCUAAAAAGUAAACCAUAUUAUAUUGCAUAAAAGUAAUUAUGUAUCUACAAAAAUUAAAAGCAACGUUGUUUAACGUAAAAACGAGACAAAUAUAUUGUAGAAAUAUUCAAACAUUAACUCAUGAUGAUAAGAGUAAAUUUGACGUGAUUGUAAUUGGUGGAGGUCAUGCAGGAACAGAAGCUUGUGCUGCAUCAGCUAGGAUGGGAGCUAAGACUCUUCUUGUCACUCAUAAAAAAAGUACAAUUGGUGAAAUGUCCUGUAAUCCUUCAUUCGGUGGAAUUGGCAAAGGAAAUUUAAUGCGAGAAGUUGAUGCUCUUGACGGUCUUUGUUGUCGUAUUUGUGAUUUAUCUGGUAUUUAUUAUAAAAUUCUUAAUCGUCGAAAAGGACCAGCAGUUUGGGGUCUUAGAGCUCAAAUUGAUCGUUCACUGUACAAAAAACAUCUUCAAGAUGAAUUAUUCAAGAUUCCUCAGUUACAAAUAUGUGAAUCUUCUGUUGAAGAUCUUAUACUACAAGGCGAUUCACCAAAGUGUUGUGGAAUAAUUUUGAAGGAUGGCACAAAAAUUUUUGGAGAGGCAGUGGUUGUAACAACAGGAACGUUUUUGAAAGGUCAAAUAAAUAUUGGACUAGAAAAAAGACCUGCUGGAAGAGUUGGAGAUGAACCAAGUAUUGAAUUAGCCAAUACUUUUGAACGAUUAGGAUUUCGUAUGGGUCGUUUAAAAACUGGAACUCCUCCACGUUUAUUAAAAUCUACGAUAGAUUUUUCUAAAUGCACUGUCAACCCACCAGAUGCAGAUCCGACGCCAUUUUCAUUCAUGAACGAUCAAGUUUGGAUAUCACCAAAAGAUCAAUUAUGCUGUUAUUUAACGCAUACAAAUGAACAAGUUUCAAAAAUAAUCAAAGAUAAUUUACAUUGCAAUUCACACGUUACCGAAGAAAUCAAUGGCCCCAGAUAUUGUCCAAGUAUUGAAAGUAAAAUAUUAAAAUUCAAAUCACCAAUUCAUCAAAUUUGGCUUGAGCCAGAAGGAUUAUCAUCUGAUAUUAUUUAUCCUGGUGGCUUAUCGUGUACUCUUCCAGCUGAUAAACAACAAGAAUUAGUCAAUUGUAUUACCGGAUUACACCAAGCUAAAAUCGUACGACCAGGGUACGGAGUCGAAUAUGAUUUUGUUGAUCCAACAGAACUGACACAGGAAUUAGAAACUAAAAAACUGCCUGGUCUGUUUCUUGCUGGACAAAUAAAUGGAACAACUGGUUAUGAAGAGGCUGCCGCGCAAGGAAUUGUUGCAGGCGCAAAUGCAGCAGCUAAAGUUUUAAAUAAACCAAAAUUAAUUAUCAAUCGUACUGAUGGAUAUAUUGGAGUUUUAAUUGAUGAUUUAACAACACGAGGAACUUCUGAACCUUAUCGAAUGUUUACUAGUCGUGCUGAAUUUCGCUUAACUCUUAGACCAGAUAAUGCUGAUCUCAGAUUGACUCCAAAAGGAUAUGAAACUGGAUGUGUAUCUAAAAUACGAUUUGAAAAAACUGAAAAAAUGAAAUUACAAAUUAUAGAAACUCUUGAAAUACUUGAAUCAAUUAAGAAACCUAGUAUGUUUUGGUUAGAACAAUUUCCUAUGAUUCCAUGUAAAAUAGGAACACAUAAAAGUGCAUUCAUGAUUCUUGCCCAUGCUAAUGGCAUGAUCUCUUUUGAAGAUAUAAUAAAAUUAUUUCCUUGUGAGUUUGAUCACAUCGACUAUAGUCACACUUUGGCUCGGCGAAUAGAGAUUGAAACUUUAUAUUAUCAUAGUAUUCAAGAAGAAUUGAAUCAUAUUGAAGAAGUCAAAAAAAACGAAAAAAUGGUCAUUCCUGAAAAUUUUGACUAUCAAACAAUUAGUAUUUCUACAGAAGUCAGGGAAAAAUUGAUGGCAGCACAACCACAAACGAUCGCAGCAGCUACAAGAUUACCAGGUGUCACUCCAGCUGCAAUAUUGCAUCUUGUUUUUCGAUUGCGAAAUCAUCGAGUUUCUAAUCUACAACAUAAUUAAUUAAUUCUUUUAUUUUAAUGUAUGUGUAAAUAUGUAUAGAUUAAUAAUACAAAUUAUUUAAAAAAAA